GGUUGUUUUAAACAUGCAUUCUUUUAGGUCAUUCUAGUUGUUUAAAAUAGCGCUUAAUACGCCCUCUUAUGGAGUAUGAGAAAAUUACGAGACUGUUAUAUCAUGAGUGGAAUAUUUGAAGCCAUAGACAAUCAUAUUGUUGCUUUCUUGUCGUUUCCUGCUAUCGUGUGUUGUUUGAUUCUGGUCAAAUUUGUUUGGGAUUACUUUCGGCCUUCUGCACCUGCUAGAUCUAGUCUCCUAUCGUCAAAUGGCGUAUUCAGCGGAAGUGCUGCGGAUUAUGAUUGUCCGAUUUGUAUGGACGCUGCAUCUUUUAUGGUAGAAACUAACUGUGGUCAUCGAUUUUGUGCUGAGUGCUUCACAGCACAUUGGAAACGAACAAUCUACUCACGUGCUAUAUCUUGCCCAAUGUGUCGUGGACAAGUGACUACAUUAACGAAGUUGUUCACACCAGAAGAAUUACAGGAUACAAGUAGCAGUGAGAGACGCUCACGAAUUGAAGCAGACAUAAGACUGUUCAAUCGUUGGCAUUCUGGAGAGCCUAUAUCUAUUAUUGAUCAGAUCCGAGAUUUGCCUGCAUUUCUAUACGGUUUUAUGCAAUUAUUAUUCAGCGGGGAAGGUACAUUCGCCUUAAUGCAAAUCCGUUUAACGCUAAUGGGUUUAUGUGUUCUGUUUUAUCUGAUUACACCAUUUGAUUUUAUCCCAGAUGUUUUUGCCGGUUUUUUGGGCAUCUUAGAUGAUAUGAUUGUAUUGUGUAUUUUUGCUCUACAUGUUAUUUCUGUUUAUCGGAGUAUCUCUUCAAGACGAGAAGUGAACGCUAGGUAGGCGAAACAAAGCGCGCUUAUCACGGUGCAGUUGUUGUUGUUGUUGUUGCUGUUUUUGUUUUGUUUUUUUAUAAUAAAUUCCAUCUUUGUAUAUAUCAGUGUGUAUUCCAUUGCCGAUUAAUUUUCGAUGCCUUGACGAUUCAGUUGUUGUCACCCUUCUCUGUCUGUCUGUCUCCCUCUCUCUCUCUCUCUGUAUCCAUGACUACUUCACUGUUUAAAUGCUUAUGUCAAACUUACUGCUCCAUUUCAAAUAGUUGACUUUUUGUUGGUAUAAUAAAGUUUGAUACAUAUAUAGAUGAUAUCCUACUCUUUCGUUUUGUGUUGUAG